CCAACAUGGCAGAGGCUGUGGUCAGUCUUCCCCGCACUAACUUGGAAUGCUUUCAAAUCUCCAGCGACCUCGCCUAACCCGACUCGGCUCUUCCACAGCGAACACUGGCGGAUCGAUGUUCUUCUAACCUCCGUCACUGCGCCGUCUGACUCGCAGCUCGAAAUGAUAAGUAGCAGCGGUGUGUAUGGCGUGAAGAUGCAGUGGACCCCUGAGCACGCACAGUGGGCGGAGCAACACUUCGACAUUACAUCCACCACUCGCUCGCCGGCCCACAAGGCCGAGGGCUACAGAAUGCAGAGGGUGGGAGGCACCAUGACGACCUCCAUGGCAACGGCUGCGGCCGCUGCCGCCUCCACCUACCAGUACAGCUGGGCCAACGACGACAUCUCGGCACUCACCGCCUCCAACCUGCUGAAGAAGUACGCUGAAAAGUACUCCGGUAUCCUGGAGAUGCCCAUCAUCACCGGCGAGCGCGCCCUCCUCGGCGCUUACCCGGACGCCACGGCGCUGGCCAAUGGGAGGAAAGUGGAGUCGGACCCGUGGGCAGAGCCUGGCGGAGGGGUGUACUCCCUGGGGUGCGAGGUGGGUGCGCCCGCGGGUAAGGUCGGCAUGGCGGUGACGUCGGACGUGUCGGCGGGCGCCCUGUGCAGCUCACCGGGCAUGGGCAGUAUUGCCAGCCUGGCAGAGCAGAGCUUCUCCAGCAGCAGCUGUGGCAGCCAGUCUCUGGCCUCUCAGGAACCCUACCCGUCCUCUGCUGCUGCAGCCGCCGCCGCCGCUGCUGCUGCUGCCGCCUACGGCAGUGCCUACCUGCACCCCUCAUCUAGUGGGUAUAGCAGCCACCCGUCACCCCUGCCACCCUCAGCCUCCCACCCCACCCUGGUGCCAGUGGCCUACAGCGCCACCUCCUCCCCGCCCGGCCUGACCGGGUACAGCUACACCUCGGCCUACUCUACACACCCCCAUCACCAGACAGCCUCCGUCACCCCCGGCUACAGCUCCCCUCCACCACCACCCCCACCCCCUCCAUCCUCCUACCUCCCAGCAGGCAUUGCAGCACCCACCCCCCUGCCCCCUUCCGCCACCAUGCCCUCAUACUCCUCCUACCCCCCCCACAGCCUGGCCCCGAUCACCCCCACCCCGCUGAACGGCUGUGGCUCUGGCUCCCUGAAGAGGAAGGCCUUCUACAUGGUGGGUCAGGCUGAGAUGAUCGAGCCUUACGGGGACUUCAGCUACACUCAGCCCCCCUCCUCCUCCAGCCUCAGCCCCCUGUAUCGGCUACCAGAGAGCACCAAUGGCACCUUCAAGACGUCUCCUUCUGACGACCCUCGGGGUGGUGACUUUGGAGGGGGCUCGCUGACGUCACCGGGGUACGGGGGCGCCUCUAAGACCCCCCACUCUGCGGCGGGGGAGUCCUCUUUCAGUUUUGGAUCUCCCGCGACGACCACCAACGGCUCGCCCACUGCCGCGUCCUCCUCCUCUUCAUCAUCAGCUGCAGAGGAGCGCCUGAAGGCAGUUAACCCGCGCGUGCUGGAGCUGGUGUCCUCUCAGGUCCUGCAGCAGCACCCCCUGCUGGACUGGGGGGACAUCGCGGGACUCGAAUCAGCCAAGGCGGCUCUGAAGGAGGACAUCCUGUGGCCGUUGCUCCGGCCCGACAUGUUCGGCUCACUCUCGGCCCCGUCGCCGCUCCCCCGCGCCCUGCUCCUCUUCGGCCCGCCCGGCUCGGGCCGCAGCCUGCUGGCGCGCUGCAUGUCCAGCCAGAUGGGGGCGCCGUUGCUGCAGCUGAGCUGCGCCGCUCUCACGUCAGAGUGGGCGGCAGAGGCAGAGCAGGUGGUGCAGGCCUGCUUCCUGCUGGCCCGUGCCCGCCAGCCCUGCGUGGUCCUCCUGAGUGAGGUGGAGGCUCUGCUCGGGAGCCACCACCUGCGCGAGGAGGCCCAGUCUGCCUCCUCCACCGUGGGCCGCAUCAGGAGGGAGCUGCAGGCCCAGCUGGACCGGUUGCUUCUGGGCGGUACCGGCGGCACGGAGGACGCUCAGGUUCUGCUCCUGGCUACGACCAGCCGGCCCGGCGAGCUGGACGAGGCCGCUGUGCACCGCUACUUUGCCCGCCGGGUUCUGGUGCCGCCGCCUGACGGGCCGAGCCGCCGGCAAAUCAUCAGCCAGAACCUUGCGCCGCACAACUGCUGCCUGAGUGAGGAGGAGGUGGGUCUCCUAGUGCAGCGGACCGAGGGCUACUCCGCACUGGGGCUCACCCGCCUCUGCCAAGAGGCCCUGCGGGGUUCAGCGGGCACCUCCGCGGGGGGCAUGGAGCUCCCGCUCUCUGCCAUGCUGCCCACGCAGAUCCGCCCCGUCACCUACCAAGACCUGGACAGCGCCGUCCGCAGGACACAGCCAGACGUCUCCCACAAAGACAUGGACGCCUAUGUGGAGUGGGGCAAAAUGUUCGGCUGCAGACAGUAAAGGUCUUCUCUCUCCUCGUUUCCCCCAAAUGGAGCCCGGAGGAGAAAAAGCGGAGGGGAGGUCACAGAACGAAGUGAGCUCGCUAACCUGGAGAGGGUCACGGAGGGGUCAUGGCAGGUAUCAGCGUCCAACAGUCACACUGGCAGAAACGGAGGCCCACGGAACUAGCUUCAGGCCCUUUCUGAGGUCAGGCAUCGCUUAGCAUGAUGCAAAGAGAAAGCAAGUCUUUGUGUGUGUGUGUGUGUGUGUGUGUGUGUGUGUGUGUGUGUGUGUGUGUGUGUGUGUGUCUGUGUGCAUGUGUGAUUGUGUGUGUGUGGCAGAAAGAGUGUGCCAGUGUGUUUGUGUGCUUUUUAAUCACUGCUGUUAUGGAGAUAUAAUUUACUCAGAAGUGCCUGGCAUGGUGCUUUUUUCUUUUGUAUUUUUUCCUUUUUUAAAUAAACCUGUUUCUUUGUUUGCCUCACAAUCUUCACUGGUGGUGCGCUACUAUCCAGAGCUUUAAGACAAGAACCUAAAAUCACUGUUACCAUGAGAGACCAUGUCUCUUCAACCAUUUCAUGAAAGCCAACAGUAUUCCUCAAAUGUGUGUGUGUGUGUGUGUGUGUGUGUGUGCGCCUCGCACUGUCACACACAUUACUCCGAGUGUGUGUGUG